UAGACGGACAGUGACGAAUAAUCUCAUAAACCCUAAAUAAAAAGCAAACAUUUUUCACAGCCGAAAUCCCUCCAUUUCACAAUGAGAAAUCAAUGGCGUCUUCUUGUUCAUCUUCAAAGAUCAAAAUCACCACUUUCCAUUCUUCAUUACAAAAAGGUACAAUCUUUAUCUAAUAUUUAUAUUAAAAAUCACACUACUUUUAAUUCUCACACACCCAGAUUUCAUUUUCAAUAUCCUAGAUUAUAUUCAUCAUUAUCAUUAUCUCUUGAAAAAAACACUAACCAAUCUUAUGAUGAGUUAAUUGAACUAUAUUCAGAUCCAAACAAAACUAAUGAAGAAAUAAUGUUGGAAUUACAAUCUAAAAACAACCCUUUAAUUGUUAAUGAUGAUUAUGUUAAUGGGCUUUUCAAGAAUCGUGGGACGGAACCCGGUUCGGGGAAGGCGUUUUACGACUGGGUAAUGGGUAAGGGAAAUGGGGAUUUAGGUUCGAAUUCGUUUAACCGGUUAUUGGGAAUGUUGGGUGGGAAUGGGCUGGUGAGUGAGUUUUGGGAGUUGGUUGAGGUUAUGAAGAGAAAAGGGUAUGGAGUGAAAAAGGGAGCUAGUGAUCGGGCAAUGGCGAGGUUUGAAAAGGACGGGUUGGAUGGUGAUGUGGAGAGGUUGAAAGGUUUGUUUGAGUUUGGGUCGGGUGAUGGGUCGGUUGAGAGAGUUGGGUCGAGGGUUUGUAAGGUUAUUAGGGAAGGACCGUGGGGGGAUGACGUGGAAAUGAAGUUGAGGGAGAUGGGGGUCGUGUUUUCGGGUGUUUUGGUUAAGAUGGUAUUGGAAAAUAUUGGGGCGGACGUUAAUAAAGCGUUGAUCUUUUUUAGGUGGGUUCAGGAGAGUGGGUUGUAUAAGCAUGAUGAGAAGACGUAUAAUGCUAUGGCACGAGUUAUGGCUAAGGAAGAUUAUUUGGAGAAGUUUUGGAGGUUGGUUGAGGAGGAGAUGUGGGAUGCGGGAUUUGACAUGGAGGAGGAUACAUAUGUUGGAGUUUUGAGUUGGUUUGUUAGUAAGAAAAUGCUGGACGAUGCGGUUUAUUUGUAUGAGUUUGCUAUGCGUGGAUAUGUUAAGCCGUCAGUGCAGGAUUGUACGUUUCUUUUGAGAAAGAUAGUGACUAGUGAUGAGUUAGAUAUGAAGUUGUUUUCAAACGUUUUAAGGGCUUAUAAAGAGGGCGGGAAUGUGUGGACUAACUCUGUGUUGGAUACUGUUCUUAAGGCUUUGACAAGUGUCGGGAGAUACGGAGAGUGCAACAAGAUAUUGAGAGCAAUGGAGGAGUUUGGUUUCUAUCCUGAUGAAAAGUUGCAAGGUAAAAUCGGGUUCCAGCUCAGUAAGGAUGGUAAAACAGAGGAAGCCGCCCAGUUUCUUGAUUUCAUGGAAACGUCUGGAAUUAUAUCAAGUUAUAAAACUUGGGGAUCUCUGAUUGAUGGAUACUGUAUUUCUGGCCACCUGGAUAAAGCUUGUGAUUGUUUUCAAAAACUAAUUAAAAAUGAAGGGAUUUCUUGUGCUGGUUAUGCAUUGGAAACCUUGACAAAUGCUUAUUGCUCGAAGGGAAGAGCAGUUGAAGCUUACAAACUUCUAUCAGAGGUGGUCGUUGGGAAAGACGUUAAACCUUGGCAUACAACAUACAAAUUAUUAAUAAGAAAUCUUUUGGCUCAGGGGUUAUUCGAAGAAGCUACCAACCUAUUUACCCCUAUGAAAGCUCACGGAUACCCGCCUUACUUGGAUCCGUUUGUUAAAUAUGUUACUAAGUCUGGGACCACUGAUGACACUGUUAUGUUUUUGAAAGCAAUGACCGUGAAGAAAGUACCAUCUACAGCUGUCUACGUGCGUGUUUUUAGGGCAUACCUCAAAGCUGGAAGGCAUAGUGAAGCCCAAGAGUUUCUUUCAAAGUGCCCACGAUUUAUCCGAAACAAUGUAGAUGUUUUGAAUCUUUUUAGCUCGAUGAAACCUGUCAAAGACACUGCAGCUACUGCCAUCCCCACAGUUGCGUAAGGAUUGAUACUUUUAAGUUUAUUUGCUACAACAAAAAGCGAUAGAAGAUGUUUCUUUUUUGGUAUUAGAAGUUAAAAUGUUUCUACUUUACCUUCUUGAUUGUUAGAGUACAAUCCACAUAGCUUUUCUUUUUUGCGAAGCCAGUAGCAUCUAACUUUUAAUAAUGGUUUUCCGUGAACUCAUUUAUAGUUUGUACCAUCCCCAAACUAUGUUACACACAUGGGCCUGUUCAUGCCUGGUUAUGUUAUAAUGCCCGCUGUAUUAUAUGUGAUGCAGAGGUGCUGUGCUGGUUAAUUUGA